AUGGAAUCGAGUCAGGAAGGUGAUGGAGGCUUCUCCACUACUUUGCAGCUUUUGUCCCAGUACAAUGAUCAUACCUUAGAGAGAGAUAGAACGUUGGAAUACAUCGAAAAGAAGAACGAAACGGCCGACAGAUUAUCCUACGAUGAUUUGUUCAAAGAGAACAUCAAAUUAAAACUUCAAUUACAUGAAUACGAGAUAGAGAUUAGUAGUCUCAAGAAAAUGGUAGAACAUUUGAAAUCAUCCAGAAGUCCCGACGCAGAUCUGAAACAACAAAUAGUUGUGGAAGAGAAAGCGAAUCCAAUUUUACCUCCGAGAUCCGCAGAAAGAAAUCGCAAUACUAAGAAUCUUACUCUUCCUUUGAGCGAUGGUUCUAAACAGUUUAAUGCGUUACAAUCACCUGGUUCGACAAUUUCUCAGACAAAAAAGCCAGAACAUGUUCUGCAACCAGCAUUGGCUACCAGUUUCAACCAACAGCAUAUUUUAUCCCCCACUGAAAUUGAUAGAAUCAGACGAUCCAGCUCAUCUUACUCAAAUGUGAUUAUUGCUAGCCCUGCUACGUCUGUUGCUUACACAACAUCGCGGAUUUCGCCAUCGAGGAGUAAUAAAACGACCGUCAAAGAAGUUGGAACACCAAUAGUUGAAAAACAGUGCUCACCAGGCCGGAUAAACAGAGUCACUGCUCUUAUAAAUGACGAAUUGCACUCUCCUUUAAAACAGCCAAUCAAAGAGGAGGAGCGGAACGUAGUCCCUCAGGAAGAAUCCAAAACGUAUCCAAAGAGUCCGCUCCCCCAACUACUGCUACAAAAUGAAGAGGGCGCUGAAAUUUCACCUUCUUCAAGACAAAAAAUCGAUACUUUUGCCAACAUGUUAGACUCCACUUUCGGUGAGGAAAAAGUACCCGCUUCUCCUCUUUCGAAAGCCUCGACGAAUGAGAGUAAAAAGGACCCUGAUCCAGUACGAAUCUUGGGAUCUCCAGUAACGCUUAAAAAGCCAAAUUCCUUUCCAAAGUUACUUGCAGACUCAGAUCAACAAAAUGAAGCAAUGAUAACAAAUGAUGUUAGCACAUUGGAGAAAAGUUCAGAGACCUCACCAACAUUUUCCACACACGCCAGCCUUCAAGGUCCAUUUUCCCCCAAACAAAACAAGCAACGGCCUUCCUUUGGUAAGGCCCAUAGUGCAUCAAGAAUGAGAUCAUCAAGUAUAAAUACUACCGUAUCGACAGGAAUAUUGAGCAUACAAUCAGAUAUUCCAUUGUUUAUCCAGCCUAGUGAGUUUGAUACUGUGAGAAUAGAAAUUAUCAGCACACUAUACCGAGAUGUUGAGAAUCAUCACAAUGAUGAAAACUCAGUUUUGUUCAGCAUUAUAGAUAGAAAGUCCGACAAAGAAAUUUUCAAGUUUUCCAAGACAGUCGAUGGCAUCAUCGAAUUGGACACUUUUCUAAAAAGUCGUAUGGAUCCUCUUCUCCUGAAUCCGUUGCCCGACAGGCAUCUCUUCAAUUCAAAUAUACCAAUUAGAGUUGAUUAUAGACGAGAGAAACUCAAUGACUACUUUACAUCAUUGUUCAUCUUAAAAGAGCUCCCACUUGAUGUGUCCUUGCGCCUAGCGAAGUUUAUUAGUACUGAUACUGUAAUGGCCCCACUGGCAGGAGACACAUUGAAAGAGGGCUCACUAUUGGUCAGAAAGAACAAGACACUAGGUAGCGCAAACAAUUGGAGAGCAAGAUAUGCGAUUUUGGAAGGCCAAACUCUUCAAUUAUUAGAUAGAGGAAUAACUACAGACACGAUUAAGAUUCCACUUUCCACCAUAGAGCUCCAAGCGAAUCUUCCUGAUGACAAAUAUGGUACAAAAAAUGGUUUUGUCAUUAAUGAGCAUAAGAAAAGUGGAUUAUCAAGUGUCACGAGGUACUACUUCUGUUCAGAAACUUCGAAAGAAAGAGAGAGCUGGGUGUCAAUUCUUAACGAAUUGGUGGAAAAUAGUGCGCAGUCUGGUGCAUCCCUCAACAGCAAAUCUGAAAGCUCUAGUAUUAUGGACCAUUCUAUAAUCAACGAAACACUUCCUGAUACAGGUGCCAGUUUUAUUGGUCCUAUGGCAAAUCUACAAAGCUCUGCUGUUUCAUCGCCUUCUCAGCACUCAGAGGGCAUAACCCCUGAAGAUGAGAGAGAAAGCAAGAGAAGCAGGAUGAGAAGUUUUUUCCCAUUUAAAAAAUUGAAUUUAUCCCAAAUAUCUUCACAGGAAGGGGAAACUUCUACGAGCCCAGAGGAAAGUGGAUUGGGAACAUCACUCAACACGCAUGAGCUGACCAUCGCGAAAUCUUUACAGGCGCUGAAUCUCUCUACUGAACCUCUAUCAAAUGUCGUUUUUGGCUCAGAUCUUCAUACCUCUCUGUCACUGAGCUCUCAAAGAUACCAAGGCAAGUAUUCAAUACCGAGUGUGGUGUACCGCUGCUUGGAAUUUUUGUAUCGCCAUCAUGGUAUUGAAGAAGAGGGUAUAUUUAGAAUCAGUGGCUCGAGUGUUUUGAUCAAAUCUUUACAAGAACAGUUCGAUUCAAAAUAUGACAUCGAUCUAUGCACCUACAAUGAAAAAAUUGCCUCUAAUGAUGAUCAGCACCCUAGUGGAUACAUUGAUGUUAACACAAUUGCUGGGCUGUUAAAGUUAUAUUUUAGAAAACUCCCUCACCUGAUAUUUGGUGAUCAGAUGUUUCUAGAUUUUAAAGAUGCUGCGGACAGAAGCAUGGGUAACGACCGUGAAACAGCCCUGAGGUUCCGCGAUCUUAUCAAAUCUAGUCGCUUGCUUCCAGAAAAUCUGUCAUUGAUGUUUGCAUUGUUUGAAUUGCUGGUGAAUAUCAACAAGAAGAGUCGAAUAAACAAGAUGAAUUUAAGGAACUUAUGCAUAGUAUUUUCUCCCACUCUGAAUAUCCCAGUCAAUGUGCUCCAACCUUUCAUUGUGGAUUUCAAUUGCAUCUUUAAUGGCGAAAAUCCUGUCGACGAUUCUCAACGGAAACAGCUGGAUAUCCACAUCCCACAAAUGUAA